AUGACACUCACCAUUGCUCUGCUUUUCACUUUGUCAGCUGUGUGCACAAAUGCACAUCUACCAUGUUAUGGGAAGGAUUGUGGGAAUUGGAUUUGGGGCUGGAAUGGAUAUGGAGGUGGAUAUAGAAGAUACAAUGGAUUAAGUUUAGUUGGCAAUCAUGGUGGAAAAGAUCACAUAGGAUAUGGUAUUGGUAGUGGUGGUAAAUAUCAUGUAGGAUACGGAAGUGGUUAUGGUGGAAAUAAUGGUGACAAUCAUAAUCAUGAUAAUGGUGACAAUCAUGAUGAUAACAAUCAUAACGGUGACAAUCGUGCUGGAUAUAGUUAUGGAUAUGGUGGCUAUCCCAGUAAAGUGAGUGGUAAAAAUAAUGGCGGCAAUCAUGAUGAUAACAAUCAUAAUGGUGACAAUCAUAAUGCUGACAAUCAUGCUGGAUAUAGUUAUGGAUAUAAUGGCAAUCCUAGUAAAGUGAAUGGUGGAAAUAAUGAUGUAAAUCAUGAUGAUAACAAUCAUAAUGGUGACAAUCAUAAUGGUAACAAUCAUGAUGAUAACAAUCAUAAUGGUGACAAAAAUAACGGUGACAAUCAUAAUGGUAACAAUCAUGAUGAUAACAAUCAUAAUGGUGACAACCAUGAUGAUGACAAUCAUAACGGUGACAAUCAUAAUGGUAAUAAUCAUAAUGGUGACAAUAAUAAUGGUAACAAUCAUAAUGGUGAUAAUCAUAAUGGUGACAAUCAUAAUGGCGACUAUCAUAAUGGUAACAAUCAUGAUGAUAACAAUCAUAAUGGAGACAAUCAUAAUGAUGACAAUCAUAAUGGUAACAAUCAUGAUGGUAACAAUCAUGAUGAUAACAAUCAUAAUGGUGACAAAAAUAACGGUGACAAUCAUAAUGGUAACAAUCAUGAUGAUAACAAUCAUAAUGGUGACAGUCAUAAUGGUGACAAUCAUUAUGAUGACAAUCAUAAUGGUAACAAUCAUGAUGAUAACAAUCAUAAUGGUGACAAUCAUAAUGGUAACAAUCAUGAUGAUAACAAUCAUAAUGGUAACAAUCAUGAUGAUUACAAUCAUAACGAUAACACUCAUGAUGAUACCAAUCAUAAUGAUGACAAUCAUAAUGGUAACAAUCAUAAUGGUGACAAUCAUAAUGGUGACUAUCAUAAUGGUGACAAUCAUAAUGGUAACAAUCAUAAUGGUGACAAUCAUAAUGGUGACUAUCAUAAUGGUGACAAUCAUAAUGGUAACAAUCAUAAUGGUGACAAUCAUAAUGGUGACUAUCAUAAUGGUGACAAUCAUAAUGGUAACAAUCAUGAUGAUAACAAUCAUAAUGGUGACAAUCAUAAUGGUAACAAUCAUGAUGAUAACAAUCAUAAUGGUGAAAAUCAUAAUGGUGACAAUCAUGCUGGAUACAGUUAUGGAUAUGGUGGCAAUCCCAGUAAAGUGAAUGGUGGAAAUAAUGGUGGCAAUCAUGAUGAUGACGAUCCUGAAGAUCACUCAAUCACUCAGUAUGACCCUCAUGACAUUGAAAAUCAUGCUGGAUAUAGAAGGGGAUAUCAUGGUAAAGUGAAUGGUGGAAAUAAUGUUGGCAAUCAUGGAAGCAGAUAUGUUAAAGUGAAAAGUGUAAAAAAUGGUGGCAAUCAUGGUAAAGUGAAUGGUGGAAAUAAUGGUGGCAAUCAUGGUAGCAGAUAUGGUAAAGUGAAUAGUGGAAAUCAUAGAAGCAAGACUCACUUAAGAUAUGGUAGCAGAUAUGUUAAAGUGAAUGGUGGAAAUAAUGGUGGCAAACAUGGUAGCAGAUAUGGUAAAGUAAAUGGUGGAAAUAAUGGUGGCAAACAUGGUAGCAGAUAUGGUAAAGUAAAUGGUGGAAAUAAUGGUGGCAAUCAUGAUAAAGUGAAUGGUGGAAAUAAUGGUGGCAAUCAUGGUGAAGUGAAUAGUGGAAAUAAUGGUGGCAAUCAUGAUAAAGUGAAUGGUGGAAAUAAUGGUGGCAAUCAUGGUGAAGUGAAUGGUGGAAAUAAUGGUGGCAAUCGUGGUAGCAGAUAUGGUAAAGUGAAUGCUGGAAAUCUUGGAAGCAAGAAUCACGUUAGAUAUGGUAGCAGGUAUGUUAAAGUGAAUGGUAAAAAUCAUGUUAAAGUAAAUGGUGGAAAUCACGGUAAAGUGAAUGGAAAUAAUGGUGGCAAUCAUUGUAAAGUGAAUGGUGGAAAUCAUGGUUAUGAAAAUCAUGUUGAAUAUGGUGACAAUCAUGGUAAAGUAAAUGAAGGAAAUCAUGGCAGCAAGAAUCAUAUAAGAUAUGGUAGCAGAUAUGGUGGUACUCAUGGUAAGAAGAAUGAUGGAAAUAAUGGUAAAGUGAAUAGUGGAAAAUAUCAUGUUGGAUAUGGUGGCAUAUAUGGUGGAAACUGGGGUAAAGUGAAUGGUGUCACUCAUGGUACCAAGAAAUGUGUCAAUCAUGGUACCAAGAAAGUUGUCAAUCAUGGUACAGAAAACGGUGACAACCAUAGGAAAGUGAAUGGUGGCAAAUAUCAUGUUGGAUAUGGUAUAAAAUAUGCUGGGAAUCAUGUAAAAGCAAAAAGUGCAAAUCAUGUAAGCCUAGAUAAUGGUGGACAUAGUCACGUAUUUGGUGGCAAUCAUGGUGAAGGAGUUGUUUUGCGUGGUGGCAAUAAUGGUGUGCAUGGUGCCAAUUAUGGUGGUGGAGUUGUUUUGCAUAGUGGCGGACGUGUGCAUGGUGAUGCUUAUAGUGGAGUUCAUAGUGGAAAGAAAAAUACUUAUUAA